UUGGUCCGCAAAUUAGUUGCAACUUGGUGGUUAUUCCACGGUCCAUCGCGUGAAGGAAUCUCCGGAAAAGUGUAGUCACAAUGUUUCGCUCAGUGUACAUUCGGAAAAUCCGUCGGAAACUUCAUCCGCAGCACUAGGCGCGCCGCAUUACCGUGUGCCAAACACCCACCGGUUGCCCGUCUGUUUUCUCGCCGUGCCACACACGGUACAGGACACUGAUUGAAGGAGUUCACGUGCAAAUUUGCCGUGCCAAUAGGAGUUGUUGACGAUUUUCCACACGCGGUCUUGCGCCAAGACACACCGUCUGUAGCUAAGGAGGCUCUAAAGCCGACACGUGCCGACGAUGGGAGAAUUACGUGACUGGCGGCCGUUUGUUUACGGCGGGAUGGCAUCGAUAAUGGCAGAAUUCGGAACGUUUCCUAUCGAUACAACAAAAACUCGGCUGCAAAUUCAAGGUCAAAAGAUUGAUCGAUCGCACGCCGAGCUGCGAUACCGGGGCAUGGUGGAUGCCUUCGUGAAAAUUUCCCGCCAAGAAGGGGUAAAAGCUCUGUACUCGGGAAUAUGGCCUGCAGUGCUUAGGCAAGCCACUUAUGGCACCAUCAAAUUCGGAACGUACUACACACUGAAAAAGGUGGCCACGGACCGGGGUUUGCUGCUCGAUAAGGCGGGCAACGAGAGUGUGUGGUGUAAUGCCGCCUGUGCCACGAUGGCCGGUGCCAUCUCCAGCGCCAUUGCCAACCCCACGGACGUGCUGAAGGUGCGCAUGCAGGUGCACGGCAAGGGCACGAGCGACGUUGGACUCAUGCGAUGCUUCCGGGAAAUCUACAUCCACGAAGGGGUCCGCGGGCUCUGGCGUGGCGUUGGACCGACGGCGCAGCGAGCCGCAGUGAUAGCGGCCGUCGAACUUCCGGUGUACGAUUUUUGCAAGCUGCAUCUGAUGGAAACGUUCGGCGAUCAGGUAGCGAAUCAUUUCAUAUCUAGUUUUAUUGCUAGCUUAGGAAGUGCGGUAGCUUCAACUCCAAUCGAUGUGAUAAGAACCCGUUUGAUGAACCAACGUCACGUACAUCAGCUGCAACAUAGCAUUUCGCCGGCCACAACGGGCACAAGUCCGCCACAUCGGCUCUUUUACACGGGAAGCGUCGACUGCGCCGUACAAACCGUCCGGAAUGAAGGCUUCCGUGCCUUAUACAAAGGUUUCAUUCCGACCUGGGUGCGUAUGGGACCAUGGAACAUCAUUUUCUUUAUAACCUACGAACAACUGAAGCAGUUCUACUAGGUGCAGUCGGUCCUCCACCAAACCCCCCGAUCCCUCUCCCCCUUCCCUCCUUUUAGGUAAUGCAUUGUCAUGCUUCAAAACCAAAGCUUGGAUUACAUUUAAUGAUCUUCAAUGAACCAGAGAUUUAAAUGGCAUUUGUGAUGCAUUUGUAAGAAAUGACCACGUAAAUCAAACAGGUUAUGUUAAAAUCAGUUUAACCUGCCUACACAACUAGUAGGCAAAGUAUAAUAAAGCACCCACCACAAAACAAAUAAUCGACUCUAUCGUUCCGUUUGUCAACUACUAGUGACUUACUUGUUGUAGUCUAAAUACAGAAUUUUGAUUGAUAAAAUAACGAAUGGCAAAUAGAAACAAAAUGAU